AACCAGAUAAAAUACAGAAAAGGUUGUUUGAGAUCAUGUUUCGUUAUAUAACUACUUUGAUGAUAACUAUUUCCUUACUGACAAAUAUAUCGUUCGCUGAACAUAAAAAGACUCUCCUUAUACAAACAGCGUAUUGGGAACAAAAACCUUUCAUUUAUAAUGAAAGUAAUGUGACGAAGGGAAUAAUGGUUGACAUAAUGAAGAAUGGGAAAGAUCACUGUCACGAUGAGUCGUCAAAUAAAUUGAUAGAAAUGGUUCGAGUUGCAUCUUCACGAAAAGAAUACAACCAAAUUCUACAACAGAAUAUUUCUACGCAUUUUAAUGACACAAUCCUCACAUUAUGGGGUCCAGUUAUGCUUUCAAGUGAAGCUAGUCAAGACCUAAUGAAAAUGCAACCUGACCACUUGCUCUAUCAAAUUAUGAUAUCAAAACACAUGGUAGUUGUUGUGCGAAGGUACAGAAUAGAACUACUCUACAAAACAUGGCAAGGACUUCUGAAUAGCAGUCAGGUUGCCAUCGUGACCAUUCUAACUGCUAUUUGCGUUGGCAUUCUUAUUUGGUUUGUCGAACGGAAAAGAAAUCCCGAGAUAUCAGAGUCAUUUUUCAAAGGAGCACCAACUGGCAUUUGGUGUAGCUUAGUCACAAUGACUACAGUUGGAUAUGGAGAUGUUGUUCCGAAACACUUCAUAAGUCGCAUUCUUAUCAGUGCUUGGAUUCUUCUCGCUUUGUCCUUGGCUGCGAUACUUACAGCAACAGUUUCUGAGAACGUCUCAGGUGUAUCAGGAAUAGACAUAAAUAAUCAAAUGGUGGCAGUCUUGAGCACAUGUGGCAAAGAAGGUAUAUAA